GUGUCACUGGUGGCUGGGCUUUCAUGAAACCGAGCUCUGGACAGCUGCAACAACUAACUUUUGACCAAUAUGCUUUGGAUAAGUUGCAGUGGGUUUUGGUUAAGAAUACUAUAUAUCGAGAAAUAACAGUAUAUGAGUAGCAUUAGUAAUGUACUGAAGAGGAUUAGGGCCACUGUGAGAAAAGAAAAGUGGGUUCUGACUUUAAACUUCUGAGAAAAAAGUCAGAAUUCUGACCUAAAUGCUUCAGAUCGUCAAACAAUUUUAAUCUUUAACCUUUACAAAGACAGAUUUAAUCUUUAAUCAGGUAAACACAAAAUGCAAUGUUUAAAUUAAGGUUUUUAUUUUUAAGGGGGAAAAAAAAUCCAAACCUACAUGGCCCCGCCUAUCUGUUCAUGACCUCAAGAUCAAGCAAAGUUGGGUUCUUCAGGGUUUCUUCACCAGCCAGUCCACCUCUGAAUGACGGAAGAAAAACUGAAUGAACACUUCGGAGUGGCCCAGUCAACUUCCUGACCUGAAUCCUACUGAGAUGAUGUGGCAUGACCUUAAAAAGGCGGUUCAUGUUGGAAAGCCCUCCAAUGUUCCUGAAUUACAGUAAUUCUGCAAAGACGAGCGGCUCACAACUCCUACACAAUGCUGUCAGUGACUCAUUGCAAGUUAUCGCUCAGUUGUAGUUGUUGCAGCUCAGGGUGGCCCAGCCCGUUAUUAGGUUUAGGGGACAAUCACUUUUUCACACAGAGUCAUGUAGGUUUGGAUUAUUUUCCAUUAGUGAUAAAAAGCCAUUCAUUUAGAAACUGCAUAUUGUGCUUACUUGUCUUUGACUAAUAUUUGAAUAUGUUUGAAGAUCUGACACAUUUAAGUGUGACAAACAUGAAAAAAAAAAUAAGAAAUUAGGAUCCAUGCUUUUUCACACAACUGUAUAGCGGUAUGUAUUAAUGCGUGUUAAAGAUUAGAUGAAACAGGCUUAUUAGACGCUGUUGACUGUGCUGAUAAGAAUGCUAUGCAAUUACUGAGAUCAGCAAGCGUGAUUCAGCAGAAGUUGAGGGGUCAGUUAAGGAAUUACCCUGUCCAGUCAUAUAUGAAACAGCAAAAAUCUACCAUUUGAGAAAUGUCCUUGUGAAUAUAAGCAGAUGAAGAUGAAGUGACAUUUGUGGCAUAAUUUAUGAAUGGAGAGGCGAGUCUGUGGACCAGUUCCAAUUAGAUAAGUUUGGAGUUUUAACCAGCAUCUGCACUAUAUGCUAAUGCAGAGUUAGAUGUUUUUCUAUUCAGUUUUCAAUGGUAUGGGUUCAGUAACCAGUCCAGAUUGCAAAACCCAGACCCUGAACCCCAUAGAGAAACAAAUUCUCCCCUUUAGUAGGAUGAACCCUAGUUCAUAUGGAGGGACCAACCUGCUGGAGACAGAAAAUAAAAACAAGCAGCAAGCAGAUAAUUUUAAAUAUUCAUCUGGAUAAAACAUGUAGCAUGAUACAAACGUGAGAGUAGAGGAAAGUGGAAGAUAAGUGAUUGGUGAUCAUGGGAAGCAGCAUAACUAAGGGAUAGUUCAGGGUCAUCUGAGUCGGAUCUAAGAAUAAGCCUGCCUUCAAUCUCAGAAGGCAUGCGGUGAUACAUCAUAUAUUAAAUUCAUGAAAUUGACAGUUUGCCUGGUCAUGCUCAGUCAUCAUAUCAUAGAAACGGGCCAUUAAAAAGUGCAUAGCAUUUGAUAAUUUAUUUGGAGUGACUCCAAUACAGGAGUGCUCACACCUCAACUUUGUUCUACAUCAAAUUAAAAAGGUGGACAUUAAACAAACACAAGUCUAAAAUUUUAUUGUUACAGUAAUGUUGUGGGAGGUGUCACAGAGAACGCUUUAUAUUCAACCAUCACAAUGACAAUUUGAGCCACAUCCACUUUCUGCUCACCCUCUGGAGAAAUGGCAACAUCCGUAAAACUGUACACCAGUGCCCUGAUGCCCAUUGUGGGACUGGGGACAUGGAAGUCUCCUCCAGGUAAGGUCACUGAGGCAGUGAAAGCAGCCAUCUCAGUGGGUUACAGGCACAUCGAUGGGGCGUUUCUCUACCAGAAUGAGGAAGAGGUGGGUGAGGGUGUCCAGGCCAUGAUCAAGGAUGGAGUGGUCAAGAGAGAAGAUCUGUUCAUUGUCAGUAAGUUGUGGAGCACUUACCAUGAGAAGUCCCUGGUGAGAAAAGCCUGUGAGAAGACUCUGAGUGAUCUCAAAUUGAAGUACCUGGACCUGUAUUUAGUGCACUCGCCUAUAGGUUUCAAGGCCGGAAGUGAACUUUAUCCUAGGGACAGUGCAGGAGAAAUAAUCUUUGACGAUAGCUACUUCCUGGACACAUGGGAGGGGAUGGAAGAGCUGGUGGAUGCCGGUUUGGUCAAAGCUAUUGGUAUCUCCAACUUCAACAAGGAUCAGAUUGAAGCCAUUCUCAACAAACCAGGCCUCAAAUACAAGCCUGCCAACCACCAGGUGGAGUGCCACCCAUACCUCACCCAGGAGAAAAUGAUCAACUACUGCCACUCGAUGGGUAUCACAGUGACAGCUUACAGCCCCUUGGGGUCCCCUGACAGACCAUGGGCCAAAGAGGGUGAACCAUCUCUUCUGGAUAACCCUGAAAUUGAAGCCAUUGCCAAGAAGCACAAGAAGACAACUGCUCAGGUCUUGAUCCGCUUCCACAUCCAGAGAAAUGUGGUUGUGAUCCCCAAGUCAGUCACACCGCAACGCAUUCAGGAGAACUUCAAGGUGUUUGACUUUAAAUUGACUGAUGGGGAAAUGAAGACUAUAAUGGGCUUCAACAGGAACUGGAGAGCCUAUGACUUGAGAUGGUACACAAAGCACAAGGACUUCCCAUACCACACUGAGUUCUGAAAUAGAAACUACUACUUGACAGUGGGUGAUGGAGUUUCUCAUACCGUAUUCUUACAGAACGCCAUGUGACAUGCCCAAGGAUGCACCGAUUUAACUUUCUUCUUGACAAAUUUCUUCAACACAGUUUGCAAUCAAGUAUACUUUAAUCACUUCCGUAGAGAAAUUAGUAACAUCUCAGUAACCUUAACAUAUAAUUUGACAUACAAAAUUCCAUACACUCUUAUUUUUCUCGGAACACUGAUUAUCUUUUUUUUUUUUCAACUUGCCUUAGGGUGAGUCAUGUGUCACCUUGUAGUCAUGUGUAUUACCACUAUUACAAAGUCAUUACAAUGAAUUCUUGUGGCAAAUAAAACCAGCAAUGAAAAUUA